AUGGUAGCCAAUUCCAUAAUUGAUGCAUUCAUUGCUGGCGAUGGAAGCCAAGAGUCAAUCCUUGAAGCCCGCAAGAUUGCUCAAAAAUAUCUCGGUGACAAAGUCGAUUCGACGGACGUUUAUAAGACUGAUACGCAGCCGAUUGUGUACGCCAUCGGUCAUUGCCAUAUCGAUACCUGCUGGCUUUGGCCCUGGGCUGAGACCAAGCGCAAGGUCGCUCGAUCAUGGUCCAACCAGUGUGACUUAAUGGAACGCUACCCCGAGCAUCGCUUUGCUUGCUCCCAGGCACAGCAGUUCAAAUGGCUGAAGCAAUACUAUCCAAGUGUCUUUGACCGUGUCAAGCGCUGGGUCAAGAAGGGUAACUUCCAGCCGAUUGGUGGUAGCUGGGUCGAGCACGAUACCAACCUACCGAGUGGAGAGUCACUGGUGAGACAGUUUCUCUACGGCCAGCGAUUCUUUGAAAGCCACUUUGGAAAGCGAUCCACCACUUUCUGGCUGCCAGAUACAUUUGGUUACUCCACCCAGAUUCCUCAAAUUUGUCGCCUUGCUGGCAUGAGCCGAUUCUUGACCCAAAAGCUCAGCUGGAACAAUAUCAACAAUUUCCCUCAUACUACCUUCCAAUGGGUUGCGUUGGACGGUAGCCAGGUGAUGUGCCACAUGCCUCCCGCGGAAACAUACACCGCCGAAGCCCACUUUGGAGACCUGAAACGCAGCGUCACCCAGCACAAGUCCAUGGAUAAGGACAAGACUUCUCUGCUGGUCUUCGGCAAGGGUGACGGUGGUGGUGGCCCGACCUUUGAGCACUUGGAGAAAUUGCGCCGAUGCCGCGGUCUUAGUGACAAAAUUGGUACACUCCCACGAGUGAAGAUGGGAGAGUCCGUCGACGACUUCUUCGACAAGCUGGAGGCAAACGCCACAGAUGGUACUGACUAUGCUACUUGGUAUGGCGAGCUCUACUUCGAGCUGCACCGGGGCACCUACACCACGCAGGCGAAUAACAAGCGCAACAACCGCAAGUCCGAAUUUUUGCUGCGCGAAAUUGAGCUCUUGGCUACCCUUGCUACCCUCCGUGGCUCUGACAAGGGGUACAAUUAUCCCAAGGAGCAAAUUGACGAGAUGUGGGAAGGUGUUCUGCUGUGCCAGUUUCACGACUGCUUGCCCGGUAGCUCAAUCGAGAUGUGCUACGACGACUCAGACAAACUUUACGCUGAGAUUUUCAAGACCGGCAUUAGACUGCGCAAAGAUGCUCUCGCCGCUUUUGGGAAUUACUAG